UUAGACGUUGCUAAGUAACAUUUUAUUUGUAACAAAUGUGGUAACUUUUGUUAGCGCUGCUGUGUUUGGGUGGGUGGUGCAGGUUUUUUAUAUUAUAGUUUAGAAUCUCGUAUUAAAUUCUCGUUUAAAUGGCGCGAAAAGAAGAGCCUAAAAUUCAACCUAAUAAUGAUCUAGAGAAGAGAAUAAUAGAGGCAUUCGAAGUAUUCGAUCAUUCCGGAAAGCAAGUAGUUGAUGUGAGAGAAAUAGGAACCAUAUUACGAUCUUUAGGAUGUUGUCCCACAGAAGCGGAAAUACAAGAAGUUAUACUUGCUACAGAAAACAAGGAAGCUACCGGAAACGUACCACUUGCAAAUUUUCUACCAUUUAUGUGUAAAGUGAUGAUAGAACACAGGUUUUACCCUGCAACAGCAGAAAUGUUGCUAGCUGCGUUCCGAUAUUUUGAUAUCGAAGGACGAGGGUAUCUUUCAAAAGAGAGGUUUACGCAACUCAUGCUUGAAGAAGGAGAACCAUUUACACAAGAAGAGUUUGAAGAAAUGAUGCAAACGGCUCUAGAUCCUGUCACUGACACUAUUACUUAUGAGUAUUACAUCAACCAGCUCAUGGUUGCUCCUAAAGACGUUUAUAAUACCGCUGAUGAAAUGGAAGCUGAAAGAAAAAGAUUAGAAGCGGCAGCUCCUAAGAAAAGACGAGCAUCUUCACUGCUUCGUGCUGCUAAAAAUUAGUUUAGCCAUU